AUGGAUUCUUUAAUUUCUGAAUUAAAUAAAAGAAAGAUAGAUUACGAAGACAUUAACGAAAAAUUUAAAUUCUUAUUUUGUAUUACUGAAAUUAGUUCAUGUGAAAGCUACCUACUAACUUUACCAAAAGACAAUGCUCCUAAAACCAUUUUAGGAAUGUUGCAGAAAAUAAUAGAAACUUCAAACUGCUCAGCAGAGAGAAGUUUUAGUGCUUUGAAGAGGAUUAAAACUUACUUAAGAUCUAGUACCAAAGAAGAUCGUCUGAAUGAUCUACCAAUACUAAAUAUAGAGUCAGAAUUAACAGUUAAUAUAAAUUAUGAUGAUAUUAUAAAUAAGUUUAGUGAGUUAAAAGCUCGUAGAAAAAUGUAA